GGUGAGAAUGUGCCUGUGUUUUUUUAACUGUAUUUUUUAAAAAAAUCACCAUGCAGUUGUUGAACAUCUGCAAAUAUGCCUUUGCACUAAAAAAAAAAAAAUCUUCAUUAGAUCCACCUUGCAGCUCCUGUGUUGUUUUAAGGGGCAAGAGUUUGUUACCUGGAGAGUUAAAGGGAGGGCGAGGAUAAGGUAUGUAUGUGUUGAAAAAAAGGGGAAAAAUAGAUGGAUGGCUGGAGAGAUAGUUCUUCCUUUCCUCUUUUUCUCUCUGUUCCCACACAGUUCAGAGAGUUCGCAGAAAGAAGAUCCCAUGGCAACAGCGAGGCCCCCAGUUUGCUUUUUUUUUUCCUCCCCAGAAUAAAUAAGGAAAGGUGGGCAGAGCUCUUCAACGCAGCUGAUGCGAUUCGAACUCGCACCUCUGGCGUUUCCUCCCGGCAAUUGGAGCUUCCCGACCCUCCCUCUCUGAAAAGGGGGGUGAGGUGGUGUUGGCGAGGGAGGGAAGGGAAGGAGGGAGACCACAGCAAGGCUGGUCUCACUGGGCACCACUGGGCACGACUGAUCUCUCCCCCCACGCCUUUGCCCCCACCCCACCGCGCCCCAUACCCCCCUCUGCUCCCCCCUGGAGGCUUCUUUCGAGCCAAGCGUCGUGUGUGUGGACGGGCGAGUGCCAGUUCCUCCAUUGGGUGGCAGUCACACUAUCUCCUUUAUGACUUGCAGCAGAGCCGGGCGUGCAUUCAACCCGACGAGCCGAUCUUGUCGAAACACUGGGAUCGUUUAUGCAUUGCAGUUCCUCGCUGGCUCCGUCGCCGCUGCCCUCCUUGGGUGAAAAAAAUAUAUAUAACAUUGGGGCUGGAUCGCUUGGAUGCAUCGCGGAUUUUGCCCCCUCCGAAACAGAUCUGCAACUCGCCGGGCCGGAGGGCAAGCCUGGGAUUCCCUUGACCCCUUUUCCUUCCUCUUUGGGUCUGGAAACAUAUUCUCAUUUUUUUCUUCUUCUUUUAAAUCCCGUGCAAAGUGAGAGUUUUAGGACCCAGGAGACAUCCUUGGGAAAGAGCAAGGGCUGUGUGCUCUCUCUCUCUCUCUUGCCUACAUAGCUGUACAGUACCAGGAAAAACCCCGUCGGAUCUGCGAUUCGAGGAUACUUGCGAACGAUCCAUACGGGAUUAUGUGGUUUUGAUUCUUCUUCUUAUUUUGGAGUCUCUUCCUUCCUUAUGGCUGCUUGGUGGGAUCGGCGUUUUUCCUUGCGCGCUGAGUAGGUUUGGAGGGGGAAAAGGCUCCAUGCUCUGGCUGCGGGACUCCUCCUCUCGCCUUGGACUUGGAGGGUUAUCGAUGCUUUCGUCUUGCUUUGGCCCCUUCUAGCGAGAUUCCCCCCGAGAUCCCCCACCCACCCCAACAUCUCUUUUGGCCCUCCCUCCCUCCCUCCCUCUCUCCGUUGGAAUCCUCUCUUUCCCACCUGGAUCGUACCAUCCUCGGCGCCCCAAACCUGGCCACUUUGCGAACUCGCGGGAGGCAAAAAAAGCUUGCCAAGGAGAAGGGUCUCUCUGGGCUCUAGAUGGAAUUAUCCGCUUGGAUGGUGAACUUGGCACUUGUGAAUGGGCAUCGCUUUCCUCGUCUUCAUUGCUAGCAAAGAAGUGGGGGGAAAAGAAGGGGAAGACGAAGGAAAAGGAGGAAGAGAGAGGGACAAGGCGCGCGAGGGAAAGAAGCUGGAGGAGUUUUUUUUCCUCCCCUCCCUAAAAUACCCCCCGCCAAAAUCGUGGAUUCCCUGACUACGCAUUGUGAUGACCAGCAAUUACCUGACUGACUGAUAUCAGGAGAAGACUCUUUUGCCAGACUGUGGUGGGGAACAGACUUGGAGAACUGGAAGAUGAAAGCUCCUAUUCCUCACUUAAUCCUCUUGUAUGCUACUCUUGUUCAGAGUUUGAAGGUUGUGACCAAAAGAGGCUCAGACCAAUCUUUAAAGCCCCAUGAAAAUGCAUCUUAUGAAAAAGACUUUUUGAUUCUGGAAAUGAACACAUCCUUUCCCCCUGCCCGCUUUAUUCCAGCGGAUGGAUGUACUGACUGGUCAGUGGAUUACAAGAAGUAUCAAGUCUUAGUGGGAGAACCUGUUCGCAUAAAAUGUGCACUGUUUUAUGGAUAUAUAAGAGCAAAUUACACCCUGGCACAAAGUGCUGGACUCAGUUUGAUGUGGUACAAAAGUUCUGGACCUGGAGAUUUUGAGGAACCUAUAGCUUUUGAUGGAACUAGAAUGAGCAAAGAGGAAGAUGCAAUUUGGUUUCGCCCAACACUGGCACAGGACAGUGGACUUUAUGCAUGUGUCAUAAGAAACUCUACUUACUGUAUGAAAGUAUCCAUUUCGCUGACAGUGGGGGAAAACGACACUGGUCUCUGCUACAAUUCAAAAAUGAAAUACUUUGAAAGGGCUGAACUUAGCAAAAGCAAGGAAAUCUCAUGCCCUGACAUACAGGAUUUUUUAAUACCAUAUAGAGAGCCUGAAAUUCUAUGGUAUAAGGAAUGUCAAGUCACAAUCUGGAGACCAAGUAUUCUGUUCAAAAGGGACACUCUUGUUAUCAGGGAGGUCAGAGAAGAUGACAUUGGAAAUUAUACUUGUGAAUUAAAAUACGGACUGUUUUCUGUGAGAAGGACGACAGAAUUAACAGUUACAGCACCAUUGACGGAAAAACCACCAAAGCUUUUGUACCCUUUGGAGAGUAAACUGACAGUUCAGGAAACACAGCUGGGUCAUUCUGCUAAUCUCACCUGUCGAGCAUUCUUUGGAUACAGCGGUGAAGUCAGCCCUUUAAUGUAUUGGAUGAAAGGCGAAAAGUUUAUUGAAGAUUUGGAUGAAAGUCGGGUUUGGGAAAGCGAUAUUAGAAUUCUUAAGGAGCAUCUUGGAGAACAGGAAGUUUCCAUCUCAUUAAUUCUUGAUUCAGUGGAAGAAGGAGACCUCGGAAAUUAUUCAUGUUAUGUUGAAAAUGGAUAUGGCCGCAGACAUGCUACUGUUGUUCUUCUCAAAAGGGAGCUGAUGUAUACAGUUGAGCUUGCUGGCGGGCUUGGUGCUAUUCUGCUACUACUUGUUUGUUUAGUGACUAUCUACAAGUGCUACAAGAUUGAGAUUAUGCUAUUCUACAGGAAUCAUUUUGGUGCUGAAGAACUUGAUGGAGAUAAUAAAGAUUAUGAUGCAUACCUGUCAUACACCAAAGUGGAUCCUGACCAAUGGAACCAAGAAACCGGGGAAGAAGAACGAUUUGCUCUUGAGAUCUUACCAGAUAUGCUUGAAAAGCAUUACGGAUACAAAUUGUUCAUUCCAGAUAGAGAUCUUAUCCCAACUGGAACAUACAUAGAAGACGUGGCAAGAUGUGUAGACCAAAGCAAGCGAUUGAUUAUUGUAAUGACUCCAAAUUAUGUGGUGAGAAGAGGCUGGAGUAUCUUUGAACUGGAAACAAGACUUAGAAACAUGUUGGUUACAGGCGAAAUUAAAGUGAUCCUGAUUGAAUGCAGUGAACUCCGGGGGAUUAUGAACUACCAGGAGGUUGAGGCCCUGAAGCAUACUAUCAAGCUCUUAACUGUUAUUAAAUGGCAUGGCCCUAAAUGCAACAAGUUGAAUUCCAAAUUCUGGAAACGUUUACAGUAUGAAAUGCCUUUUAAGAGGAUAGAACCCAUCACACAUGAGCAGGUUUUAGAUGUUAGCGAGCAGGGGCCCUUUGGGGAACUGCAGACAGUCUCAGCAAUUUCCAUGGCUGCUGCUACCUCUACUGCUCUUGCCACUGCCCAUCCCGACCUGCGCUCCACCUUUCAUAACACAUACCAUUCCCAGAUGCGCCAGAAACACUAUUACCGAAGCUAUGAAUACGACGUACCUCCUACUGGCACCCUGCCUCUUACCUCAAUAGGUAACCAGCAUACUUACUGCAACAUCCCUAUGACACUUAUUAAUGGGCAGAGGCCACAGACAAAAACUAACCGAGAGCCGAAUCCCGACGAGGCUCAUACAAACAGUGCAAUCCUGCCACUCUUACCACGGGAAACCAGUAUCUCAAGUGUCAUUUGGUGACAUCAGUGCAAGGGGGAAUUUGGCCCCCUUGUGUAGAAAUGAAGUCUGCAGUCUGGUGCCUGGAACUACAUCCUCGACUGCUGCUGUUACACAUGCAUUACAAUCUAUGAAAUAUGAGGAAAAACAGGGUCUUGUACAUAUGUUUUUUGCAAAAUUCCUUUGUAGCAUCAGUCUUCCUGUUUUACCCAUGUCUCUUGCCAUUCACAUUUUGACUUUGUUUUAUAUGUCAUUGGGAUUUGUAUAUUUACAUUUUUAAACAAAAGAGGGGAAUGAAGAGACUGCUGUAUAGGAAAAAAAUACCUUUUGCUUCAUUAGUAUAGUUUGAGUUGCUUGGAUUUUAUUUUUAACAUUUCUUGGAAUGCCUGGACAAAAUUCUGUUGAAUCCAGAUGCACUCUCUGUUUUGUUGGUUUACCUAGCCUGAUAUCCAGAGGCUAUGUUUGCAGAAAUUCACCGAUGUAUGUGAGUGAGUGUGAGCACUUGUUAGGAGGACCCUAUGGAAAAUUCAUAGUCCUUUCCUCAUUUAUUCUCUCACUACAACCCCUAUCCCUUUAUCUCAUCUUUUUUAUCACCCCACACAGAGUGAAAUUACAGAUGGUCUAAUUGUCUAACAUUUCACAUAGUAAAUAGUUGUGGGAAAACAAAUAAAUAAAAAUCCCCAGUCUGUAUCACUUGCUUCACAAUAACCACUAUGAUCACUAUGGAAGAUGUAGAAAGAAAAUAGGAGUUUCUGUUUUUAUUUUGUGAGUUGACUGUAUUCUUUUUAUAGAGAGAAAACAUGUCGACUCAGAUUCAUUCACUUCCUGAGAAAGUGUUGGAUGUGUUUGUGACUCUUCCCACCCUCCUUUUGUGGGGGUUUCAUUGCUUUCUUUUCUUGCUUUAAAUUCUUCAAAUAAGAUUAUUUACAUUUGUCAGACAAGUAAGGCAAUAGGCACUGAAGUGCACUAAAUCCCACAGAGAUUUAUGGUGAUGGCUUCCAAACCAAAGGAAAGCAGAAGGACAGAAUCUAAUAUAGUUUGUCACAUUGUAUUAAAAAAAAAAAGAAAUGCUGUCUGUUAAGAAGUAUGAGAAUACUUGUUUGCAGCCAAUUUUUGAGUCCUCGUGUAUAUUAAAAUUUGGUCAUCAACUUUUCUUUUCACAGAUAUAUCCAGAAUUCAUACCCUCCAAUAUUUCACAGGUAAAAACUGGGACAUAUGUGGCCAAGAAUCACAGUGUGGUCAAGAUAUCAAAGGUUAUUAAUAUGGAAAACACACUAACCUAGAGAUGAUGCAUCAGUUUGCUUUUGCCUGUGUGUACUGGGAAGGGCAAGAUUCCUCUCCUUCCUUCUUCCCCUACUGUGCUGAGUACAAAUUACUUUGGGCACUCUAAACUCAUUUUUCAACAACUGAAAUAAUCUGAUGAGAAAGAUGGAAAGUGGGAGGAAGAGACAGAAACUGGGGUAUUUUAUACGAAGCUGAAAAAGUGGGAUGACAGUGAAUUAAUUGUUACUGACCCUGAAAAAUCAGGAGAGUUGGAGGGUAUGAGAACUUAGCAUACUUUUUAAAUUCAUUUUUUGAAAGCUUGUAAUAAUAAUUUAGAAGUUAUUUUAAAUUCUAAGGUUGUUUAACAGAGAUCUCAGGAGGUUGCAAAAGUAAAUACCAACAAACAUCAAUAUUUUAUACAAGAUUAAUAUUUAAAUCAGACCCAGAAAUGUUGGAAACAAUUAAUGUUAUUGAAUAAAAUAAACUAGUUUUAUUUUAAAUGUAUGAUUUCAUCUUUAAAAAGUUGCAGAAACAGCAUGCAUCUUGGCUUUGGGAAUUAUUCUUUGCUUCAUGCUCAGGAGUGAAUUUUGCCUAUAUUCAAUGCAAUGAGAGUUUGUCAACGAAAUUAACAUAAUAAGGAUUUAUGUCUUCAUUCACUUAGUGCAAACACAAUCUGCAUUAAUAACUACACAAACUGGCAAAGCAGCUAUCUUUCGUAUAAGAACAUCCAAGGAAAAAUACUAGAGUAUUAGAUUAAUAUAUCAAUAGAAUAUUGGGAGCUCAUUUCUAAAUGUGGAAACUGAUGCAGUAGAACAUUAAUGUUCAGAGGAGAAUGUCAACAAAAUGCAAGAAUAUAGCCACUGGCAACAUCUAUUUGAAAAGACUGAUGCCGCUUCUAUUGGAAAGAAUUUUCCUAAACAGCUGAGCAUUUAUGACCACUCUAACGGAUACUAUGUGUUUUGCACUACUUGUCAUCCUUUUUAAAAGUUCAUUGAUAUUUUUGGUUUAGAUAAAACAGAAUAUGGUAAAAUAAUGUGUAACCUACUUUAUAGGAAUAUGUGUGGCCUCUGUACUUGAUGUAUAACCAAUCCCAUGCUGCAACUAGCAAAAAAAAAAAAAGAGAAACAUCUGCAAACAAGGAACAAAGAUAUCUAGGAUAUGCAUUAACUUUUAUUUACCUAAUGAUAUUUAUUUCUGUGACAAAUGCUCAGGUCUUUUUCUAAUAACCUGUUAAAUUUGUCAGUUGUACUCACCUUUUCUUCCACUCUUAAAAAAUCCCUGGACACAUGUGCCAAAUAAUUCACACCAAGCAAAUAAAGCUGCCAAGACUGAAACAAUAUGAAAGCCACUUUGCACAGUUUAUUCUUUUAAAAUUAAGAUGAUAGUUAUUUAUUAUAUACACCUGCCAGGUAUUCCUUAAUGGCCUUUAGACAAGAUUCCAGAUCUCAGAUCUUCCUUUCCAGAUAUUUUACCACUUAAAUCUGGAUUGUGCAGUAAGUAGAAAACAUUGUAAUCUGACCACAGUCACAUGGUAGACAUUAGCAAGAUUGGUUUCUUUUUCUUCCUUUUAAAAUAGUUCCAACAAUAAUAGUUAUUUUCUUCUAUUUUUCAUGUAGAUUUAAGCACUUUGAAUAGCAUGAUUCAGGGAUUGAUGGAUACUAUUUGAUAUUCACAUUACUUAAAGAUUUUUUUAUAAUGCUUUGUCAAAUUAUUAAAUAAAAACAAACAAAUGAGAAAUAAAUUGAGUGUGUGUGAGAGACAGAGACACUAAAUAAUUGGAGAAGUCCAAAUUUGGCUUCAGAAACAUUCCACCCAAAUAUUCCUCUUCUAUAAACAGCACUGUGUGAGAAAUAGUAAAGGAACUGUCAAAUGUUCACGUACUACUCAAUGUUCAACUAAAGUUCUGUUAGAACACAAAAUAAAAAGAAAAAAUGCCCUA